AUGUCCCACCACCGUCCUGCGCAUUUCCAUGGCACACCGCGGCGUGCGGCAGCGGACAUGCACUCCGCACCGUCCACACGCGCACCCAAACACGGCGGCACCGCCUCCUCCUGCGUUUCCCAUCUUCACGCGCCCGCCUUCCCACGCACUCCCAGCGUUCUGCCGUUCUGGACCCACGCGCGCAACCGAGAAACGGAAACACGUCCCCGCGCCCGUUAUCGCAGCGUGACGCGAGCCGAAAGCUGGCCCGAAACGCGAGGCGCCGCCUUGCCUCCCGCACGCCCUCCUCAUCCCCGUCCGCCCGCUCUUGGUAUGCCUCCUGCCGGCUGGCGACGCCCCUGCUGCGGCACCGUUCCCUGGCGUUCCAACGUCGCCAUCACAUACUCGCCCAAUCCGUCCAUCCAAACGCGGUCCAUCCCCCAUCCAAACGCGGUCGUUCGGCCCCCAACCACCACCCGGCCCGCCCGCAUCAGAGCACCGGCCUCUAUCGCCCGCGUCCCCCACCGCGCGAUAAGCAAAGGCGUCCAAUAUUAA